GUUUACUUCAUACUUGUCAUUAUUUGUUGUUGUUUAUCUUAAGAAACUAAGUAUAUAAAUACCAGUGGAAUCCGUCCUCAUUUAGUCUCCUCCCACACACAGGCAGGCAAGCAGCAGCUACAUUAAUCAUCAAUAUAUACAUGGAGUCAGCGUCCGGCGACAUAGGCAUAAAACUGGAGGAUCCAUUUAUAGUAUCCAAACUGGGGGUCGGGGGAUCCGGAAGGAGGUACAGCUCCUCUUGCAGGCUGAGAAUGAUAUCCAAGGAAAGCUCCAACCAGCAGCUCUCAAUGUCCGCGCCUUCCCAUUACUACAGAGACGACGACGUUGUAGCAGGUACUACUAACGGAGUUCCCUUCUUGUGGGAGUCCAUUCCGGGCACCCCUAAACACCCUCAUCAUUCCGGCCUACCCUUCCCCCGCCGCCGCCCCUCACCCCUCCUCCUUCUUUCUUCCAAAAACCCCCCACCACCGCCUUGGUUGUGCCCGCCGCCAGAUCAUCCAGAUUCAAUCUUUUGCGGCAUCUGCUCCGCCGCCGUUCCGGCACCGGCUCCUUCUCCUCAUCCAGAAAGCCAGCGCAGAGUAAAUAUUAUCCGCCGUCACGUUGCUCUUCGUCGGUGUCGUUUUCACCUUCAUGCAGCUCCUCCUUAUCCUCCGACUGGACUAGUACUACUACUACUACUACCACCACUGACGGCGGCCGAGGAGCUUCGUCCGGUGGUGGGUGGAGGUGGGCACCACUCAAGUGCUCCUCCCGGUUUUGUUUUGUGCUGCCAAGGAACAAUUCUUGGAGCAGGAGGAGCAACGGAUACCCUCUGAUUCAUUCCUAAAUUCGCGCUCCCGCUCGCAACCACCGCAUAUGGCUUCGUUUCUUUUUCUAUUUCGUCCUUGCUUGUAUUUCUUGCUCUUUUUUUUUCCGGUUAAAUAUGUAGGAGUAUAUGUUUGCUUGCUUCUUUUCCCCAUUGAAAGCUAGUCUAAUGGCGAAGUUCAUCAGCAGCGUAUACAUCAUGUAUCUGUAGUCUCCCAAGUGUCGUUCAACUUUUUCUUCUUUUUUAUUCACUCAUUGUAUGUGUUCAUAUCAUAUAGUUAAUCUCUUUUGUUAUCUCAUCUCCCAUCUUUCACUCAUAAUAAUAACAUUCAACCUGGAUUUUAUAUAGAU